AUUUCCUGACCUUUUUUUACAAGUGUUUAUUACAUUAAAACUUUACAUUAUCAUACAAAAUAUCAUGUCUACAGAUAACACAACUUCCUUAAUUGUUGUAUUCAAGGGUACAGCAGACGUUGAACAAGAUGGUCGCAUCAUUCGUUUCGGUAACGGUGCCAACUUGGAUACUGUUCGCGGCUUGAUUGCUGAGAAACUUAGUAUUGCUGGUGGCAUUGCUGAUAUUCAGUUAUUAAAUAGCAAAGGUGAACUGUUAGAUGGUAUUGACGCUGUCAGAAAUCAACAAGUCGUUUAUGUUGAUAUGAAACAACACAUCAAGGACAUUAUUCCCGGUCCCUCUCGUCUCCCCUUUGUCGGCAGUCUUUAUGAAAUGCUUCCCAACAUUACUGAAGGUUGGGUUCGUCAAUUUGAAAAGCACGGUCCUCUUGUUCAAGUUGAUUUAUUGGGCAGAAACAUCAUUGGUACAAAUGACCCCGUGUAUGCCGAGCUCUUUGCCAAAGAAUCUGAAUAUUUCACCAAAAAAGUCGGCGCCACAGGUCUCAACGAAAUCAAGGCUUUUGGUCGUCAAGGUCUUUUCACCACAGAUACUGAUGAAAUGGACUGGAAGCUCGCCCACAAGCUUUUAAUGCCCGCAUUUAGUCCUCGUGCUAUUAAGGUCUAUCAAAACGAAAUGGGUCUAAUCACUCAACAAACCAUCAAGAUCCUUGAACAAUUCCAACCUAACGAACCUGUCGAAAUCAUUGAAUGGACUACCAACCUUACUUUUGAAACGAUUGGCCGUAUUGGUUUUGGGUAUGAUUUCAACUUGCUUACAUCUCGCGACCAGCCACCUAAUGCUUUUAUUGAGGCAAUGGGUUACUGUCUGAAACAGUCUAUUCAACGUAUUCAACAAGCACAAUUCAUCAAAUCACUUCCUAUUGAAGCCAACCGCAAGUUUGAUCGAUCUAUCAAGUUGAUGCACGACAUUGUGGAUGGUGUUAUCGCAGAAAGAAAGAACAGCCCUGAUGCAAAAGAUAUGGAAAAGGAUUUGUUGGGUUAUAUGUUGAAUGCUCGUGACGAACAUGGCUUGGGUUUGACAGAUGAAAACAUCAGAGAUCAAGUGGUUACUUUUUUAAUUGCUGGUCAUGACACUACAGCCAAUACGCUUGCCUGGACACUCUAUGAACUCUCCCGAAACCCUGAUAUUCAAGCCAAGGUUCUUCAAGAAAUCGCUGAUAAUCAUAUCACUCACAAUGUACUUCCCACGGAUAAGCAAGUGAGCAACAUGAAGUAUACUUAUCAAGUCCUCAAGGAAGUUCUCCGUAUGUACCCACCAGUCCGUGUUCUUGGUAAGUACUGUAAGGAGGAUUGUAUUGUGCCCGGUGGUUACAGAAUCAAGGCUGGUACAGCUUGUUCUAUACAAGUCUAUUCUCUUCAUCAUAAUGAAAAGGUCUACCCUGAUCACAACCGCUUUGAUCCUGAUCGUUGGACUCCUGAAGAAGAACAGAAGCGUUCUCGUUUCGCUUGGUUGCCUUUCAGUACUGGUCCUCGUGGUUGUAUUGGUAUGGCCUUUGCUUUGCAAGAAGCCAAGACAGUUUUGGCCAUGCUCUUAAAUCGAUUUGAAUUCCGUUAUGACGGUCCUCCUAUUCAAUAUGAUCCUAAGAUGGCUACUACAAAGCCUGCUGAUCUCUUUAUGACUGUACAUCCUCGUACCAAUUUCCCUCAACCUAGUGAUGAAGCUACCGAAGCAAAGAAGGCCGCUGAUGCCACUGGAAACAAGUCCACUGCCCCUAGCAUGCCUGUGGUUGCUGCUUCACGUGCCAAUGUGGAAUUGCCUCCUAUCACAUUCUUGUUUGGUACGCAAACCGGUACUGCUCAAGACUAUGCCAAUCAAUUAGCCAAUCAAGCCAAGAGCUUUGGAUUUAGCAAGGUUACUCUCUGCGAUAUGGAUAAAUGGAAGGUACUUCAAGAAGGCAAAUUUGUUUCUGACGACAAGAGCAAGCGUUUGGACAAGGAGCUUGUUGUGAUCUGUACAGCCACUUACAACGGUCAACCACCUGAUAGUGCCGAAAAGUUCGAUCAAUGGAUUGAAAACAAGACCAAGGAAGACGGUCAUGAAACUCUCUUGAAUGGUCUCUCUUUUGCAGUCUUUGGUCUUGGUAACAAGAACUGGCGUACAUACCAACACUUCCCCAUCAAGGUCACUAAUCAUUUGGAAGAACUCGGUGCUGAACGCUUCUUUAGUAAUGGUGAAGGUGAUGCUAAUGAUGAUAUGGAUGCUCAAUUCACCGAAUGGUGUGCUCAUUUCUGGACCCACACUUUAGACAGCUAUGGUAUCGCUGCUUCUGAGUCUAAGCCUGUUGUCCCUACUGCUGCUUCCACGAAAGCUACUCAAGAAAGUGUUGUGAACAUCAAGUUCAUUGAGCCUACUAACAAGGAAGCUUGGGAAAGCGCUGCCAAGAACAACUAUGGUGAACCCAAGGCUGUUAUGCACACUAACCGCGAACUUCAAAAGGAAAACUCUCCAAGAAGCACAAGACAUGUUGAAAUUGAUAUCUCUCAAUUGACUCCUGUAGGUGAUCAUGAUCGUCUCUAUAACGCUGGUGACCACUUGGAAGUAAUGCCCGAAAACGAUAGCACUACUGUAGAAGCUAUUGCUUUGAACUUUGGUUGGAUUUUGGAUUCAGUUUUUGAAAUUGAUCAAGAAACACUCUCUGGCGUCUCACCUCGUUCUUUAGCUAAAAACAUUAAGGGUCCUUGUACUGUCCGCAACAUGCUUACUUACUAUGCAGAUGUUACUUCUGUACCUUCCCGCGCUGUUCUUGGUUGUUUUGCUACUCAAUUGAAGAAGGUUGCUCCUGAAACUGCUGCUACUUUUGAAACUUUGCUUAUGCCUGAUACUGCUCACCAAGAUCAAUACCCUGCCUUUGUCAAAAAGCACCGUACCCUCUUGGACUUACAACUUGCCUACCCUCAAGUCAACCGCUUGGACAUUGGGCAAUUCUUGGCUAGUGUGCCUGUCAUUCAGCCUCGACGUUACUCUAUUGCCUCUUCUCCUUUGGCUUAUCCUCGCUCUGCUCACUUAACUGUCGGUGUUGUCGACGAUGUUGUGAACGACAAACAUUAUAAGGGUUUAGCUUCUUCCUUCUUGAAGCGUGGCAAUGAUGGCACUUUGCUUCGUGCUUCUUUGAAAUCUUCCAAGAGCACCUUUAGCAUGCCUGCUGAUCCUAGCGUGCCCUUGAUCAUGAUUUCUGCUGGUACUGGUUUCUCUCCUUUCCGUGGUUUCCUUCAAGAACGCAAGGCUCAAAUUGACGCUGGUGAAAAUGUCGGCGAGACUGUCUUGUUCUUUGGUUGUCGUAACAAAGAUGAAGAUUACAUCUAUCAAGACGAACUUGAGCAAUAUGCUGCUGAAAAGGUCCUCACUUAUCUUCAUGUUGCCUUCUCUAGAAACAAGGAACAAUCACCUAUCCGAUAUGUUCAACAUGCUCUUAUUGCUCAAGCUGGAAGUAUCUGGAACUUGAUUUAUCCUUCUGAUCCUAAUGUGAAGCCUGCCGCUGUCUAUAUCUGUGGUAGUGGUGCUAUGAGUCGUGAUGUUUGCCGUGCUUUCUGCAACAUGGCUAUUUCCUUUGGUAUUGCGGCGGAUGAUGAAGAAGCUGAUAAGUUCAUUGACAAGUUGACAGAUGAAAAGCGUUACUUGUGUGAUGUUUGGGGUUAAAUUUCCCUUUUUCUUUUUUACUUUUAGAUUCACUUGUAAAUGAAUAUGUACAUCAACUUUAUCUGCAUAAUUUUUUUUAUUCUUAUGGAAAGUCAUUGCUGUCUGCUACAUAAAGACCUUGACAUACCUUAAUAUAUGUUAUUUAAAAUAAGCUGAAUCAUUUCCGUGUAGAUAAGCCUUGUCAGUGUGCUAUACAACGGUUAGAUAUAGGACAAUUGUCUUGAAAUAGUAAUAGAGAGGCAUUUCAUACAGAGUUAGAGUCCAAGGCAAUAGGCAUUAGGCCUAAAAAAAGAUAGUAGGCCAAUAUUCAACAAAGCCAAAAAAAAGACUUGGAAAUUUUCUUAUU